AUGAAUCCUUACAUCUUAGCCAUCCUCCUCUUUGGCUUAGGCCUUGGCACCACAAUUACAUUUGCUAGCUCCCACUGACUUCUCGCCUGAAUAGGCCUUGAAAUAAAUACGCUAGCUAUCAUCCCCCUUAUAGCUCAACACCACCACCCCCGGGCUGUCGAAGCUACAACCAAAUAUUUUUUAACCCAAGCUGCUGCAGCAGCUACCCUUCUAUUUGCAAGCAUCACUAACGCCUGACUAACAGGCCAAUGAGAAAUUCAACAAAUCACACACCCCCUCCCAACCACCAUGAUUACCCUUGCCCUCGCUCUCAAAAUCGGUUUAGCCCCUCUUCAUGCUUGACUCCCCGAAGUUCUACAAGGACUAGACCUUACUACAGGGUUGAUUCUUUCAACCUGACAAAAACUUGCCCCCUUCGCCCUAAUUCUUCAAAUCCAACCUUCAAACUCAACCACCCUUAUUAUCUUAGGCCUCGCAUCCACCCUCAUUGGAGGGUGAGGUGGACUAAACCAGACACAACUCCGUAAAAUUCUUGCAUACUCAUCAAUCGCCCACCUAGGUUGAAUAAUUCUUGUUUUACAAUUUUCCCCUUCAAUCACACUCCUCACCCUUCUAACUUACCUCAUCAUAACAUCCUCAACAUUCCUCGUAUUUAAACUCAACAAGUCCACAAAUAUUAAUACUCUUGCCACAUCCUGAGCAAAAGCCCCCGCCCUCACAGCCCUCACCCCCCUCAUUCUCCUUUCACUAGGAGGCCUCCCCCCUCUCACAGGCUUCAUACCAAAAUGGCUAAUUCUUCAAGAAUUAACCAAACAAGGUCUUGCCCCUACCGCAACCCUAGCAGCCCUCUCAGCACUCCUGAGCCUAUAUUUUUACCUACGCCUCUCCUACGCAAUAACCCUUACUAUUUCCCCCAACAGCCUUCUAGGCACCGCCCCCUGACGCUUACCUUCCACUCAACUAACUUAUCCCCUCGCUACUUCAACUGCAUUGACAAUUUGCCUCCUACCACUCACCCCCGCCAUCUCAGCCUUAUUGACCCCCUA